AUGCGAGAGUGGAAAAUUUGGGGAAAAGGAUGGGGCAGGGCGCACAAUGACGAAGGAGGGUUGAAGAAAGGUUGUGAUUCGAUUUACCCCACCCCAAGAUCGGCAAUUAUGUUCUUUUUUGUGCGCAAUAAGUCGAGAAAGGAAGGGACCGUGGGAUGA